AAUUUGCAAAAUUUUUUAUUUUUACAAAAACCUGUUUAUAUAAUAAAAUGCAAGUGCAAUAAUAGUUAAAUUAUCAUAUUAAUGGCCUACAUAAAUGUAGCAGAAUGGACACCAGACCAAGUAACGGAUUGGUUAAAAGGUCUGGACGAUUCCAUGUACAAAUAUGUUCAUUCAUUUACCAAUAAUGAAGUUGGUGGCAAGCAAUUGCUUAAUAUACGCCCAUAUGAAUUGGAACAGUUAGGAAUGUUUCUAAUCGGUCAUCAAGAAAUUGUAUUGGAGGCAGUAGAGAAUUUGCGGAAUUUUCAUUUUAAUCUCGAUAAAGAAAAUCUGCAAUUUAUGGCAUUGCAUGUUGCAACUGCUGCAAGAAGUUUAUAUCGCCAAUUACAAACCUCAUAUAAUGAUGCAUCUAAGAUAGAAACAAAAAUAUUGAACGAUAUUACACGCACAAUUGGCACAAUAAAACCAUUAAUUGCUUGGUUAAAUCGUGCACCAUUUCGUGGUCAAAAACAAUUUACCGAAAUAUGUCGAAAUAUGCUGCGUUUGGGACUGGAAAUGGCGACGAUAGCACAACGUGAUCGCUUUGUUGAAAAACCAGUCGAACAAAUCAGAAAUACAGCUGAAAAAUUAGAGCGUUUAGCUAAUUAUAUUAUACAAGAUAUAACCGACCCAAUGCUUCUCCAACCUGCUGCACUCAAUUUGGUAACACUCAAAAAACGUGAAUCGGAAUUAGGCUUUAAUAUAGAACCAACAAGCACUAGUUUCCAUGGCGUGCAUCGAGUUACUGACAUAAAAUAUAACUCACCUGCUCAUCAUUCUGGCAAAAUUGAAGAUGGCGAUGAAAUUGUGCAAAUAAAUUAUCAAACUGUAGUGGGUUGGCAAUAUAAGACAGUUUUAAUGCAAUUACAGGAAUCAUUACCCGACGUGCUUAUAACGCUUAAAAAGCGACCUAAGCACACAAAAAUUUACGGUCAAAUUUAUAUGCAACCAUACAGGUUACCGAGUAAAAAGCGUGCAAUUGGUACACGCUGGGGCGAAAACUUACCAAGUCCACGUGCCGGUUUCCUAACAGUACCUGAUGGUACAGCAUUCAAUAUGCCAAUAUCUUUAAAAGCUGAAGAGAAAAAUAAUGCACAACAUGUGUCUGACACAGACUCAAGUUGUAGUGAUAUAUCAACACCAACCGAUGCUAAAGCAUCUGAAAAGGAAAUACGUCUAUAUUAUCCAAAGCCGAGAGCAAUGUUGCAGCGCCGAAACACAAUUUGUGGUGAUGAAUUUUUAGGACUAAAAUGUGGUGAUAAUGCGCCAUUGUGGCAUGAACGAAAAACUGGUGCCGUAUGUGAUCCUGCUUCACCCAGCUUACGCGAUAAAUCCAUAUCAUUUGGCUUUGGUUUAGAAAUAACUCCGCGCCCCACAACAUGUAUAGGUAUCGCGGGCAAUAGCUCAAAUAAAUUUAGUAGUGUUUUUAGUGAUACGAAAAAACUUCGUCAAGUACCUGAGGUGGUUGAACAUAAAGUAGAAACAAAGGAUGAUUCAAAACCGGGAAUCAGUAAAGUAGUUCGUUUCGAUGCAAACAUGAAAUACGAGGACUAUCCAGUCGAUGAGAAGUACACAUGCAAUGUGGAAAAUACACUUUUAGAAACAUUUGAACCGAUACUGUUUGUUGAUGAGGAAGACGAUGCUCUUGAUAAAUUGCACAAUUUUAAUGAAAAGUCUGAAGAUAUAUUAGAAAUUUUAGAUAAAAAAUCUAAUGCAAAUUCUACAUCACUGACAGAAGCUGUAAAUAUGCCAUUAAUAACAAGAAGAGGACGUUUAGAUAAGAGUCAUAGUACACCAGCGUAUGAUAAUUCUGGUGAAGAAUCUGAUACUCCACCAGCAAUUGAACCGCGUAAAGAAUUCUUGUUAUUAACACCACCUGUACCGCCGCCUAGACCUAGAAAACAAAAAGAUCUAACACCCCCCAUUGUGCCACCACCACCACCAAAACCUGCCAGUUUAAUGUCAAAUCCGCUCACACCACCACCUUUGGCGAAUUCCAAUAUAGUUAAUGAUUUAAAAUCAAACGAUUUUUUUCAUUCCAAUGUGAAAAUGACACAGCCAGCAGUUAAUGUUGAUGCGAUUCUGGAAGUAAAUGAAUUGCAUACGCCAACUAAGAGCAGAACACUAACAUUGAAGAAGAAGCACAGCUUAGUCUUAAAACGACGUAACGUCAAUUUAAAAAUAUUAGGCACCGGCGACAUACAGGGUCAUUUGUAUCGUCGCACAAAAGAUCGAAGAGGUGUAACAUUUUGGGCACGCUUUUACUUUGUAAUGUUGGAUACAAUACUCUAUGGUUUCCGUUUAAAAGAAGCGAUCAAAGCCAGCUGUGUUAUAUUUUUGCCAGGUUUUACGGUAUCUUUGGCUAAGGAAGUUCAUUCAAAACCUUUUGCCUUUAAAGUGUACCACUCAGCGAAAACAUUUUACUUUGCUGCAGAAUCAUUGGAUGCGCUAAAUCAAUGGAUUGAUUUUAUACGCCAAGCAACUCUUCAAUCCCAAGUGACAACAAACUCAAUUAACCGCAUUGAUUCAAUAAACAGUGAAGCAAAUACAAAAGAUUUAUUUUCUGAAACUGACAGUUCAGGAGAAGAAAGUGAAUCAGUGAUUUCAAAAAAUCUAUGUACGCCAUCGCCACAAGCAACUAAAGAUAACACAACAUCUUCAAUUAGUUCAAAGUCAUUUUCAACACCAACUGCACCCGCAGUCAAGCAAGAUAGACGAUAUUUAGGAUCUUUACGUAAACUCACCAAAGGAACUCUACCAUUUAAGAGUUCCUCGACUUCUGAAAAGAAAUCAUCUAGUGAUAUACCAGUGCCUACCGAACAAUACCGCAGUUAUCGGAAAGUACCUGGUGGUAGUUUUGGUAUACAAAUUGGUACUAACACACCAGGCUACCAUGAUACAUCGUUACAUCCUUUCAAUACUGUUCUAAAUUGUAACACAACACCGGAAAUUGCUAUGCCUGAAAGAAAAUAUUCAAUCUCAACAAGUUCAGUGGCAAGUAAUAGCGAUUCGAAUAUAACAUUAUAUGGACCACCAUCAUCACCAGCACCAGCACCAACACCAACACUUAAUCAGUCAAUCGGAUUAUCACCUUCCAUUAUGGCUAACAAUAAAAAAGACCAUCAAUUCGAUAGUCCCACAAAAUCAAUUAAGAAGAUACCAUACAAUUUCAUACAUGCUUCAAAUCCAAAUUUAGUGGAAUUUGAUUUUCAGACAUCGAAAACAUUAGAUUAUUCUUUGCCAAAAAUUAAUCCAUCAAAUUCAUGGGAUGCACACCAAAAUGUACAGGGAUUUGUGACGCUCAAAGAUCUUAUGCUACAGAAACAAGAAGAGGAAGCACAAGAGAUGUACAAUAAUCGAGUAUUAUUGGGUGUAGAAAAGAAAGAUGAACGUAAACGCAAUGCUCAACGACGUUUGGAUAACAAACAGCAAGAUGGUGGGAAUGCACAAAUGCGUCCAGAAUUUAUUAAAUUGUCAAAGACGCAAAGUAGAAGUUUGCCAAAAACUCCCGAUUAUGAAAUUAGCUUUAAACCAGAUGAUGAAGAUAUCAAACGCACACGUACCAAGGAAGGACUUAAGCUAAGGGAUUUUGGUUAUGAACUCAUAUCUGGGGAUGAACCAAUUACAAACUCUACAACAGCGCGUCAAAAUUCGAACACAUCCAAUAGUAGCGCAGAUCAACAACAUGAACACAUGUUAUCGUCUGCAGUUAAAACGCGACAAUUUCUCAAAACCCAACCAUUUCUGCCUCUGACACAGAAAACUAAAAAGCAUUCCACUUCAUCUGCCGAUUUUGUGAUGAACGAGAAACGCACCGGAAGUUUUAAAAAAAAGGGAAAAUUUGAUGUUGUCAAGACUUCGAGUGAGCGUAUCUUUCAAUUUUCCAAACAUGCCACUUCAUCUUCGUCGGCCAUGACAAUGACAUUGCCACUGAACAAGAAAAAUGGUAACCGCACUGAUGAAUCAAGAAACAGUGGAGGUAUUAAAAAGAGUCAUACAUAUAAUACAGAUCUUAAAGAUAAGCUAAAUACAAAAUAUGAUGCACAACGAAAGAAUUCCGCUCCAAUGCCAAUCUUUUCAAAAUUGUCGUUUUCAUCAAGCUCAACAUCGUCACAAAACAACAAACCUGCAAAAGAAAAGAAGUUACUUGGUUCACCUUUGCUACAUCGGACGAUAUUCGGUAAUCAGCAUCAUAACAUUGACUCGCCAACAUGUACAGGACGUGAGUAUGAUCGCGAGAUCUUCACUCAAGUAAUAUUUCCACGAGUGCCAAAUCCACAUAGCGAUAACACGCACAAAGCACGUAAUUUAUCAACCUCAAAUACCAAUAUAACUGCACCAGAUAUAUUAGCGCCUCCCCCACCAACCAUUAUACAAACGCCUCCCUUAAAUACACACGAUCGUAAUAGUGGCACAUGUAAUGCAACGCCAGAUUAUCCAAGUAUGGAAAACAUCUUACCGCCAGUAUUUCAGCCAGAAAUCUACUCACUCAGUGAUCCCAAUGCGAGCAUAACACUCUUGUUAAGACGGAAUAAUAGUAGUGGCACUGAUGAAAGGAAUUAAGUAAUUCAAGCCCAUGAGCUUUAUACACACAUAUAUACAUAUUUAUAUAUAUAUAUAUAUAUGAACGAAAUUAACAAUUUAGAAAUUUGUUUGUCUUCCCUAAGUUAUAUACAUUAUCAUAAAUUAGUACUAAAAUGUAAUUAUUUGUAA